UCCUCCUCCUCAUCGUCAUCCUGGCUAAGAAUGAAUUCUUCGCCUUCGCCCUCUUCUGUAGCCUGCUCUGGUAAUGCUGACAUGACAGUCAUAACUGGUUGGGACUCUCCUUUUGCUUGGAAGUAAUAGUGUCCCGCCUGGUCAAUGAACAUUCUAUAGAUUGAAAAAGAAACGAUAUAAUACAGUGCAUGGUAGCAUAGAAUGGUAACCCCUUUCGUGCCAUUUGUCCCGGAUCCAGCACAACAUUCCAGUUCAGACGAGAGUAUUGGUUACAACAAUCCGAGUUGUUAUAACCCCUUCCAGUUGGUGUUGGCCAGAAAGAAAAAAUACCAGCUGUGGCCGGCUGCCAUAUUGGGCGAGGCUACGAUUCUCAAGGGGUACAAAGUGUAUUUUUUCAGAAGCAAAGACAUUAUAGAUCUGCCCAGGGAGAACAUCUUGAUGUUCAUCGAGUAUUUACUCGACAAGGAAGUGAGUUUCAGGAGGGCGAAGAGAUGCAAGAGGGGUAUUCUGAAGGAGAUUCACAUGGACGAAACCACGGCCGUUCCAGAUUUUUUGGUGGAGGUUAACAAAAAAACCUUGGCGUUAUUUCAUGUGCCUUUUUUCGACUUAUUUUUGACUACCAAACAGGCCAAUCAAGUUUUGCCCGAGAAAACGUCCGAUUUUUCUUUGUUAUCUGAAUAAGAAAAUAAACAUAAUAUGUAUUGAAAA